AUGUCAGGCAUCUUCUGCAAUGCAAUUUUGGCACCUUCUCGGCCAGCCUUUGCAGGGCCUCUCAUCGCCUCAGCUUUGUGGCUUCCCUCGGGCUUCGUCGUGUUCUACACCUUCAUCACCGUACUUGCCGUUGCCCUUAGCUGCGUGGCUCAACUCGGAACUCCUGGAGUGGCAUUGGACCCACCAUCACCACUGCAACUGCAGCAGCGGCAGCCGCUACCACCACCACCACUAGCAGUAGCAGUAGCAGUAGCUCGGCCCCCAGCAGUAGCGCCAGUUGUGUCCUCCGCAACGGCGGCCGUUCACACCACGGCAGCAGCUGCAAAUGGGGCCGGGGGCGAUGUCACGGCCAGGCCGGCGGCGACAGCGACCGGGUCGGGCCAUUGCGAUUACGUGGGCGGUCUGGUGCUGCGGCGGGUGGUCAUCCGGUUACCGAUGGAGCUGGCGGAGGCGGCGGAGGCGGCGGCAGGGGGGCCGGCGGCGGCGAUUGGCGGCGGCAGCGGCGGCGGCGGCGGUCAGGGGGUUUGUUCCGGUGAGGGGUCGCUGUCGCGGCACUCGUCUUGCGGCGGCUGGAUGGAUGCGCUUCGGAUGGAGCUCCAGAAGAGGCACUCCGACUGGCACCUGGUGAAUGUGGCGAUGAGGCAGCUGCAUCACCUCCAGGACCAACCCCAACCCCAAGACCACGAUGGUGUCAAUCACCACCAACAUUACCACUAUCAACACCACUAUCAACACCACCCCUAUCAACACUAUCAACACCAGCAGCACCAGCACCAGCAGCUCGGUGCCGCCGCACACACACGUAAUGAUGUUAUACGUCGUCAGUAG